AUGACGGAUUUUUACCCUAAGCCAAUAGAAAGCGACGACGAGGUGGCGACAGAUGAGAGCGACGAUGAAGACGUCGACGAAGAGGCUCGUUUUGCUCUUCCCUGCAAGGAAUCCCUCUCGAUUUCAGGCGGUCCAAGUUCGGAAGAAAAGGAAGAUCGCCAACGCGGCGAGCGAGUUUUCUCAGGAUUUCAUCUUUGAGGGAUUCGAAGGACAGCUAGAAGAUAAAGAAACAGAAGAUCUCAAAAAGUAGGUUCGAAAAAAAAGAACAUAGUUAAAAUUUCUAGGAAUUGAAAGUUAUCUUCUUUUUCACAUUUUUCCGUUGUUAGAUUUUGAAUUUUCUAGAAUUCGCUUACGGAAAAAAAUUCAUUCUUACCAAUCUACCUAUAUUACCUUUCAAGUUGAGAAAUAUUGACUAAGAAAACGAAGGAAGAAAAAAUUUUCUUGGGGUGGAAAAUUUGAUUUUCUUUCCUUUUUGUUAUAAGGGAAAGUUCCGAAUUCUUUUCAGAUACCUCAAAAAAACAGUAGCAUCUACCCUGGAGGACAAGAUUGCCGAGGUUCGGCGCUUGAAAAACACGGGAAAAGCCGUGGUUGUGGAGGGCGAAACUUCUGCACAAGAUCAGAACGAAGACGACGUCCAGCAACUCGGAGGCAGAGAGACAAAAGGUUUUUUUUUGCUUCUGUUGCUUUCUCUCAAAAGCUUUCGACCAUAAACACAGUAAUCGAAAGCCGUUUCCUCAUCUCUUGUGUACUAGGCCGGCCAUGAGACACAUUAAUUUUGCCCUACAAACAUGUCAUUCCUACUUUUUUCGUCCAAUAUGUAUGAGUUAUUGCAGACACUGUGAGAGAGAAGAAAAAGCUUGGGAGAGCCCGUAAGACAGAACCUCAAGACGACUUCUUCGCGGCGAGCGUCGACGGUCGAGUUCUGGAGGCCGUCAACAUCAGCUUCGAACAAAUGAAUCUCAGUCGACAGAUUUUGAAAGUUGGUCGUUUAAGUGUGAUCCUGGAAGUCGCAACCUGCACGAUGCGCUCUUUUUCGAGAGUUGUAAAGUUAAAAAAAAAAAGAAGAUAAAUAGCAGUUUGAAUCAACUUUUCACGAAUAUUUAAGACAGUGCUACGGCGGCCGGUGGCCGGUCAAUAUGCUCCGUCAGUUUCGGAGCCAGGAAAUUUUUUCAGUUUUCUUUCUUUUUUGCAAUUUGUUAAGGACCUAUUUCUCAAAAUUACAAGAUGUUACGUCACAAAAAGUACACAUUUUUUCAUUUUAUUACCCAAAAAUCUAGCUUGACUACCGUAUUACGACCGGCCGCCUUGAAAAUACGUGUAUUUUGAGGUUAUAAGCUUUUUUCAUGGAUACAGUUGAGUUGUGCAGAUUAGAAAAUAACGUAUUUUCCUCAUGAAAAAAAAACCUCAAGCUUACUAUCUGUACCGUCCAUCUAGGCUGAAAAGUUCCAGAAUAAGUUUACUGCUUUUUUUUUAUUAAUCAUUUUUUAUUGAGAUUUCGAUUCCAAUCUCACAUUAUUUUCUCACUUUUUCGUCUGCAUACAAUUUGAAAGUCCCUUCCAAGCUUUAAAGUACCGUUGUUAAAGUGGUCCUUAGAGGGGACCUUCCAAGAGCCUCUAAGCUUGCCCCUAUAGGGACCACUCUAGAGCUCCUACGUUUGGCUGUUUCGAACCACUAGCUUUCAGGCGAUAGGAUCGGCAGGAUUCAGCGAGCCGACGCCCAUCCAGGCGGCCUGUAUCCCCGUCGCGCUCACCGGAAAGGUUACAUCUUUCUCUGUUCACAUUCAUCCGCAACUCUGCCGUUUCAGGACAUUUGCGCGUGUGCGGCCACCGGAACCGGCAAGACGGCCGCCUUCGUUUUACCCAUCCUCGAACGACUUCUCUACCGGUCCAAGGGCGCCAGCUGCACUCGAGUCCUCGUCCUCGUCCCUACUCGUGAACUUGCCAUUCAAGUCUUCCAGGCAACUUUUUCUUCUUCUUUUUAGAUUAAUUCAAUAAGUCAAGUCAAAAUUUCUUACUUCCUUUCUCCGUAAACAUCUUAUUCAAUAGAGCAAAAUUAUUGAUAAGUUUUUCGAGCUCUGAUUUUGCAGGUUUUCCGCAAACUCUCUACGUUCUCGCAGUUGGAAGUUUGUCUCUGUGCAGGUACGUGCACUCUUUUUUAUUCAGUUUGGGAAAGAAGUACUGAACGGCAAUUUCUUGUACCAAUAA